GUUCAGAACCCUCUCCGCCGCGUCUUCGAGACGAUGAACGCCCUUGCGGACAGCGGGAGCCCUGUGAGCCGCUUCCACACUGGCAACGUGGAGACUCUGUACGACAUCCCGCGCAAAGAGGGCACCAAUGUGGUGGACGAGCUGAAGAGGUUCUUCAAGAGCCACUACUGCCCCUCCAAGAUGCGCCUGGUGACGCUGGGCCCUUCCUCCCUCAGCGAGCAGCUGGAGCGGGUGCGCAAGGAGUUCGAAGGGCUGCACGAGGGGACCUCGGAGUGCCGCAAGCGCGAGGUCGGGAGGUCCUACGCGAAGCCCGCACCCUGGCCGGCGGAGAAGAUGGGCCGAUGGGUCACGAUGCAGGGCACCCAGCUGCAGUCGGAGCUGUGGCUGCUGUUCCCGCUGCCAGACGUGCGGAAGCACUACAAGAGCCAGCCGUUG